UAAGUGCCUAUAAGAGCCUCCCGCAACAUUUCAGUGUGUCAAGAAGUUCUUAGGUUCUCGAUCAGCAAUGGCAACUCAGUUUGCAGCGGCAGCAGCGGUCUUGAUCAGUUGCUUCAUUGCUCUUGCAACACUUGCAAGCUGCAACUCUGAAGGUGACAUACUGUACAAGCAAAGGCAGGUUUGGAAGGACACAAACAAUGUGCUGCAGAGCUGGGAUCCAACCCUUGUCAACCCUUGCACCUGGUUUCAUGUCACCUGCAACAAUGAUAACGCUGUCAUCCGUGUGGAUUUGGGGAACGCAGGCAUCUCAGGGCCUCUGAUUCCAGAUCUGGGAGGACUGCAGAACCUCCAGUACCUCGAGUUGUAUAACAACAACCUGAGCGGUAUAAUACCAGCAACACUGGGUAACCUGAGUAAACUUGUCAGCUUGGAUCUUUAUGGAAACCAGCUUACGGGACCGAUACCGGCUACACUUGGCGCCAUCGGCACCCUGAGAUAUCUGAGGUUGUAUGAGAACAACCUGACCGGGGCUAUACCAACGUCUUUAGGCAAUCUAUUGAACCUUCGGGAACUGAAACUUCAGAAGAAUGCACUCAGUGGCUCUAUUCCAUCCUCUUUUGGCAACAUCAAAACGUUGCAGUUCCUGAAGUUGAACGAGAACCUGCUGUCCGGUACAGUUCCAUUGGAAAUCCUCUCUCUUAUCAUUUCUGGGAAUUUGACUGAGCUAAAUAUUGCAAGGAACGACUUGGCUGGUACAGUCAGAUCAACAGGAUUCAGAGUGACGGCGAUUAUCCAGGACAAGCUGAAGACUGCAUGAUGAGUGUCCCUGGGUCAUUACAUUGUUUUUCUUCAUGCGUGCAUUGGAAAUAAAAAAAUAAAUCCAGUGACUUGGAUUAAUCAAAAUAUCUUGUAGUAGGAUUCUUCUGCUGAAUAAAUUGUUAUUCGCCAGGGGUUUUAUCCCUUGUAGCAUCAUGAAUUAAUGAGAGCAAUUUGUGAA